AUGUUCGGCGUCAAUUCGUUUAGUGCUAUUGGUGUACGAUGUUUGAAACAACAUUUAAGACGAACAUUAUCCACGUCCUCAUCAAGUGUACAAUCAAAAAAGGUUUAUACAGAUAUAUAUGAGGCUGUUCAAGACAUUCCACAUGGAGCCAAAGUACUUGUAGGCGGAUUUGGAUUAUGCGGUAUUCCUGAAAAUUUAAUACGUGCAUUAAUAAAAACAGCUCAGAAAGAUUUGACAGUUGUCAGUAAUAAUUGUGGAGUUGACGAUUUUGGUCUUGGAUUAUUAUUAAGAACAAAACAGAUUAAACGUAUGAUAUCGUCAUAUGUAGGUGAAAAUCAAGAAUUUGAAAGACAAUAUUUAAACGGUGAACUCGAAGUUGAAUUAACACCACAAGGAACACUCGCUGAAAAAAUUCGAGCCGGAGGAGCAGGCAUUCCCGCCUUUUUCACACCAACAGGUUUUGGUACACUUAUUCAACAGGGUGGAGCUCCUAUUAAAUAUGAUGGGAGUUCAAAACGUACAUCCAUUGAAAGUGCUCAGAGAGAGAUUCGAAUGUACAACGGUAGACCAUACGUUUUAGAAGAAGCAAUUACCGGUGAUUAUGCAUUAGUAAAAGCCUUUAAAGCGGACAAAUCUGGAAAUCUUAUUUUUCAAAAAACAGCAAGAAAUUUCAAUGCUCCUAUGUGUAAAGCAGCUAAAUGCACAAUAGCGGAAGUAGAAGAAAUUGUUGAAAUAGGAGAUUUAAAACCCGAUGAAAUUCAUGUGCCAAAUAUUUAUGUACAUCGUAUCAUAGUUGGUGAAAAAUAUGAAAAACGAAUUGAACGCCGAACAGUAAGAAAACGUGAUGGUAAAACCGCAUCACCUACAUCAUCUAAGAAAAAAGAUGAUACAACACGAGAAAGAAUAAUUCGUCGUGCCGCACUUGAAUUUACUGAUGGCAUGUACGCCAAUCUUGGCAUUGGCAUUCCGAUGUUGGCAUCAAAUUACAUUCCGGAUGGUAUUGUUGUCAAUUUACAAAGUGAAAAUGGAAUUCUUGGAUUGGGCCCAUUUCCAUACGAAGGUGAAGAGGAUCCAGAUUUGAUAAAUGCCGGCAAAGAAACAGUAACAGUUCUUCCUGGAUCAUCUUAUUUUUCCAGUGAUGAGUCAUUUGCCAUGAUCAGAGGGUACUGUGUUAAACAUAUGUAG